AUGGCCAUGAAUUUCGUGACCUUUAAUCAGGACUACAGCUACCUAGCUGUGGCAACAUCAAAGGGCUUUCAGAUCUUCACUACUGAACCAUUUGCGAAGAGCUAUGAAGCCAAAGAGGGUAAUAUUGCCGUGAUUGAGAUGUUGUUCUCGACUUCUCUUGUGGCUCUAAUAUUGUCUCCGAGACGCUUGCAGAUUCAAAAUACCAAGCGGCAAUGCACAAUCUGCGAGUUGACAUUUCCAACCACAGUCUUAGCAGUGAAAUUGAACCGGAAACGACUGGUUAUCGUCCUUGAGGAUCAAAUCUAUCUUUAUGAUAUUCAGACCAUGAAGCUUUUGUCAACCAUCGAUACAUCGCCAAAUCCCAACGCCAUUUGCGCCCUUGCGCCAUCAUCGGAAAAUUGCUACAUGGCCUACCCUCUUCCACAGAAGGCACAUGCUACUACAAACCCGCCAGCACAUGCUCCGCCUGGGACAACUCAUAUCGCUCCCACAACGGGCGACGUCCUCAUUUUCGAUGCAGUCAAGCUAGAAGCUAUCAACGUCAUUGAGGCGCAUCGUUCUCCUCUCGCACUUAUUGCGCUGAAUAGCGACGGGACGUUGCUCGCCACUGCUUCUGACAAGGGGACCAUCAUCCGCGUGUUCUCUGUUCCGGAUGGCCACAAGUUAUAUCAAUUCCGACGAGGCUCCAUGCCAUCGCGAAUCUAUAGCAUGUCUUUCAACACCACCUCCACUCUAUUAUGUGUCUCAUCAUCCACCGACACCGUCCACAUAUUCAAGCUGACCCAGCAAGGACCAUCAUCAGAUGGUUCUCGAUCACACUCCCCGCCGGCUCGGGACCAUUCUUCACCCCCCUAUGGGUAUUCUCCAGACGAUGAUGAGAUAGGGGAUGCUGGCUCUGAUGCAUCCCGGAAGCACAAUGGUACCUUGAUGGGGAUACUUCGUCGAACGUCUCAAAAUGUUGGUGGCGCAGUCGCAGCUAGAAUGGGCGGAUAUCUACCCAAGGGCGUUAGUGAGAUGUGGGAGCCAGCACGCGAUUUCGCUUGGAUCAAGAUACCCCGUGCGAACCAGAGUCCUUCUGGAGCUGCAACCUCUGGGCCAAUCAGGAGUGUUGUUGCCAUGAGUAGCAACACUCCCCAGGUCAUGGUUGUGACUAGUGAUGGCAACUUUUACGUCUUCAACAUCGAUUUAUCCAAGGGUGGAGAGGGAACUUUGACGAAGCAAUAUUCGUACGUGGAUAUGGAUAUGUCAUUCGAUUGA